AUUAACGUCGCUCUCUAUAUUCACAAUUUAAUUACACUUAUCGCGUAUAUGUUUUGUGUAAUAUGUGCUUUUUAAUAUGCUGUGUAUUUCCUCUAGUAGCGACUAGUCAUUUUUGAGUCGACUGACAGCUGAUGGCGCUAUGGAGCAAUCUUCUUAGAUUCAGAACAGCAAAAGAAGAUUGUAAGGAAGUGUGCGCCAUACCAGCGUGGUUUUGCCGCAAUUGUCGGGUAUUAUUUACAAUGAAUCACUCGGACGAAAAGCAUCAGUAUUCAUCGCUUUACUUAGAAGUUUGUUCCCGAAAUGAAGAGCCUCGUCUCCCACUGCACACCUCCAUCGUCCUGUUUCUUCUGUCCUACUGUGAGUGCAAGUCUUUCAAAGUUUUCCUGGUCUCCACCAAACCAGCGAGCUCCCAGUCACUGAAGAGUCAGCUGCCGGAGUCUCUGGAUGUGUCUGAUACUCAUUUGGAGUUUUUGCCCCAGCUGGUGAGGGGUUGCCGUCUCCCUGCUGUUUUGGAUGAAACAGGACAGCUGUGCAGGGCAGGACUGGCAGUGGUCCUGAGACAUAUCAUUAACAAGACCUUAGAGGCUGAUCCAUCUAGAAAUGAUGUGCUGGCAUUGCUGGGCUUCAAGAAAACCUGUCUGAAGGCCUGUGCUGAGGUGAGCAAGUGGACCAGGCUGUGUGAAAUUGACAUCCCCUCUGCUGUUGAAAAACACCUCCAAAAUUCCACACAUCAGUAUCAGCACCCGCCUCCCUCCAUCCUCACCCUCGAGCGAAGGCUAGCGGAGCCUGUCAAAGUCCACAAUGAUGACAAAAUACGGCGGCAGAAACUCCAAGAGCAGAGACGGAAUGAAGAGGACAAGUCCAGUGAAGGAAAACAGCAUGUGGACACAGAGUCUAAAGCUGCACAGUCGCCUCAAGUCUAUGAUGGACUUGAGCUCAGAGCUGCUUUGGCAAAGCUGUCUGUGAAUUCAGUUCCAGCUUUGACCACUAGAGAGAACUCUGAGAUCAGGAAAGUGAAGACCACAGACCUGCCUCUGCUGGAGCAUGUGUUUGCCGAAGGGCUGUACUUCACUCUGACUGAUGUGGUGCUACUGCCAUGCAUCUAUCAGUACCUGUGUUCCCUCCAAGUUCACGCUGCGAGCACUCUACAUCAGCUCCCCUGCCUGCUGCGUUGGUACAGCCAUGUUCAGGAGGUACCUGGGGUCCUUCGGGCAGCCAAAACCUGUGGGAUGGCUCUUUCUGUCCCCCAGUUUCCCACAGUCAGUCUACCAGGGACAUCAGCAGAGGACAACUCAGCUAGUAUACUGGAGCAAGAAGAAAACCAAGAGAUGAUCUCACAGUCUCCAUUUGUUGGUGGUCCCAGGCCCACAAUGACUAAACUCAAAGAAAAUGGCAUCAAGGCAGCCUUCACUCCUCAUCCUUGCCCUGCCUGGACACUCCCUUGGGAUAGCUUACCAAGAGCUAUCAACCCCACUGAAGGGAAAAUGUCAAAUAUCCGUGCAGUCAGGAAGCAGGAACAGCUGAAUAACUUGGUUGCCAUGGUUGCACAGCUAGCCAAACCAGGAUACACCAUUGUGGAUUUCUGCAGUGGAACGGGCCAUGUAGGGAUUGUUGUGGCUCACUCUCUUCCAGAUUGUCAGGUCAUUCUCAUAGAGAACAAAGAAGAGUCCUUGGUCAGGGCACAGAGUCGGACUAGGGAGCUUGGUCUGAAAAACAUCAACUUCAUUCAGGCCAAUUUGGAUUACUUCACUGGACCCUUUCACAUUGGGGUUGCCCUGCAUGCAUGUGGUGUUGCAACAGACAUGGUGAUGGAGCAUUGCAUUCAAGCAGGAGCUGCCUUUGUCAUCAGCCCUUGCUGUUAUGGCUUCAUCCAGAACGCAGUCAAGUUCACCUUCCCAAAAAGCAAACGGUUUCAAGAGACACUGUCUAACAAGGAACACAUGAUCCUGUGCCGCUUUGCAGACCAAACUGGUUUCCAGCUCCCUCCUGAGAGGAGACUCAUAGGUAAAGAGUGUAUGGGCUUGGUAGACUUGGACCGGUCGUGGGCAGCAGAGACUCGUGGGUACUCGGUAAAGGUAAUGACUAUGGAGCCUGAAAGCUGUUCACCAAAGAAUAACAUGCUGACGGGAUGGCCAGUGCAGAAGAGCGGAGGGAAGGUCACUGCUGGCCAGCUGGAAGGAACCAGCACAUGAUCAGGAUUCCGAGCACUGGUGCACAUCAUGGUCAGGGUUUGAUAAAGCACCCAGCCUGUGUGACUCCUGGCUGUGUCAUGACAAUGCUGAGAAUCUCCUCCUUGGUUUAUUGCACUCAAUUGUUGGAGUGUACUUGUAAUAAAAUUGCUGAAGCUUUUCACCAACUGCUAUGUUAUGUUAGGGACUU